AUGACAGAAGAUAUUUACAGAGUGGAUGAUUUAAGCAAUGGGUUGGAAAGGAAUAAAUUGGCUGUUGUGAAUAAGUACAAUUAUGAGAAUCUUCCGCCUUUUGAAUACAUUUUGGGUGUUGAAUUGUCUCCAGAGUUGAAAGAUUCGUUUACAAAUCGAGAGAAUUUCUGCAAAUGUUUAAUCACUGAUUGUGCCAAUAAUAUUCGAGAUCAAUGCUCAUGUAAUGACAAAACUGCGUUUUGUUGUUCUCUAUGUUCAUGCUCAACUCAAACAGAAGCAAAUUGUUCCAAACGUUAUUUGCCUUUAAAUUGUUUAUUUCAAGUUUAUUAUGUCAAUCCGCAAAAGAAGUGGGGCUUACGAACUCUUAAUUUUAUAAAAAAGGGAAGCAUUCUUUUUGAAUAUGGGGGGAUUUUAUCAGAAGACAAAGAUGGAAUUGAGGACGAUGAUUAUAUUUAUUUAUUUGAUUAUAAAGACAAAAAAUACAUAAUUAAUGCUCAUAAGAAAGGCAAUUUGGCACGUUUCGCAAACCACUCUUGUGCAGCUAACUGUUAUACCCAGGUUUCGGAGAUUGAUGAAACAAAUGUGCCUCAUCUAAUAAUUGUUGCUGCGAGGGAUAUUUAUCCGGGUGAGGAAAUAACACUCAAUUAUGGACAUUAUUGGUGGAAUGUAAAAAUGAUCAAUUCAAAUUUAAUUUGCUCUUGUGAAUCCUCUAAAUGUCAAUAUUCUAGCUUUCCUGCUCAAAAUGGAUAUGUAAAUGGUGAAAAUCAUCUAACUACAGAAAAUGGCGAAUGUUCAAGUGGGAUAAGAAGCCCGCAGUGUGCUAGAAAGUUUGCAGGCCCAAACCCCCAAUCUGCUAGGAAGAUCGCUGUCCCCUUCUCAAUACGAAAAAAUUGCGCUAGGAAAGAUGCGGCGGCUCCAUUUUCAAUACCGAGAAAUUGUGCCAGGAAAAUGUGUUAUGAGGAAUCUGAUGAAAUUACAAUAUUAUCGGAUAGUGAGGAAGAAGAAGACGUGGAAAAGGAAGACGUUGUUGAGAAAGACGUUGUUGAGAAGGAGGAAGUAGCUGAAAAGGAAAUUGUUGGGGAACAAGAAUUUGUAGCUAAUAGCGAGAAUAACGGGAUAGAUUUUGAUGACGACGAUAUAAUUUGUAUAGAAAAUUGA